AUGGCAAUUGAUAAUGAAAAUCAAAUGGAGUAUGAGGAAAACAACAACAACGGUUUACUAAUUUGUGAUAAAUAUAUACCUGAGGAACUCCUUUCAAAAAUACUAAUUUAUUUUGUUGAUUAUAAAUCACUUUUAAAUUGUCAACUUGUCUGUAAACAUUGGAAAUAUUUAAUUCACAAUUAUAUAUGGCGUAGAAAAAGUGAAUUAAUUGUUGGCCAAUCACUUUGUUCAAUCACGGACAUACCAUGGAUAGUUUAUUAUCAAAUAAUUCAUAAAAAUCCAUUUAAUAAAAAUUUAAUAAAAAAUCAUUCGGGUCAAGAACAAUUAAAACAUUGGAAAGUAAUUCUGCAAGGUGGUGAUAAGUGGAUUGUUGAAGAACCACCAAUUGGUGUCCCAGAAUUACCAAGUGAAGCUCAAUUUGAUGACAAACAACGUUGUUUUGUUACAUCAUAUUCUCCUUGUAUAAAACGUCAAGCUAUUUCUUUAGUUUCUCAAGGAUUUUUACCAGAAAUUUUAGAUAAUUAUCAGCUUUCAAUUGAUAUUGGAGAAUGGUACAGUUGCAGAUCUGAUUGUCUAGCAUCUUACAAAUGCUCCAUACGUCUUCUUGAUGACAAAAAUAAGACAAUUGAUACUUUUAAUUUUGAUCAUACAAUGACUGGAAACACACAAAAUAUUUGGCAUCAUAUGUCCCAUGAAUUUAAAAAUUUUGGACCUGGAUUAAGGAAGAUUGUAUUUCAACAUGAAGGAAAAGACCAACAGAGUUGGGCUGGACACUAUGGUAGCAAAAUGACAGGAGCAUAUGCUAUUAUCAAAUUAUCUGAUGGAAAAAAAUCACUACCACAAUCAACAACUGAUAAUUAA